AAAAUGAAUAUAUAGUGAAAACUGAAAACCCCUUCUCCUUUUCUCUUCUGUUCUGUUCUUGCUCUUUCAUUUUUGAACUUUGAUCUUCCUAUAUUAUUGACUAUAGCUUCUUCCACUUGCUUGAACCCAAACAAUGUCUUCUGAUUCAGCUCUACCUCUAAUCGAGAACCCCAUCAUUGUUGGAUUUGGUGGGGCUUGCGUGGAUUUUGUAGCAGCAGUGCCAUCUUUUCCUAAGCCCGACACCAAGAUCAGAACCACUCAACUCAAGGUCCAAGGUGGUGGAAAUACUGGAAAUGCUAUGACUUGUGCUGCUCGUUUGGGCUUAAAGCCAAGGAUAAUUUCUAAGGUUGCAAAAGACGCUCAGGGUAGGGCUUUGCUUGAAGAGCUAGAAGCUGAUGGGGUUGAUACCUCUUUUUUUGUGGUAUCGAAGGAGGGGACUUCACCAUUUAGCUAUGUCAUUGUUGACAGCCAGACGAAAACGCGCACUUGUAUAUUCACUGAGGGAUAUCCUCCAAUGGUACCCGAAGAUCUUCCACGAGCCAAUUUGUUAUCUGCAUUGGAAGGAGCAAGAGUGGUCUAUUUUGAUGUAAGGCUCCCUGAAAGUGCUCUUGUCAUUGCUCAAGAGGCGUUUCGCCAGAAUAUAUCUAUCUUAGUUGAUGCUGAAAGGCCAAGGGAAGGAUUGAAUGACCUCCUACCAUUGGCUGAUUAUGUUAUAUGCUCAGAAAAAUUUCCACAGGCCUGGACUGAGACAUCAUCAAUUCCAAGAGCAUUAGUUUCAAUUAUUUUAAGGCUACCAAGACUUAAAUUUGUGAUUGCAACUUUGGGAGAAGAUGGCUGCAUAAUGCUUGAGAAAUGUGUGGAUGCAGAGGGUUCUCACUUGGAAGAAAUGGAUGUUGACACCUCUUUGAAAUCAUUAACAAGGAGAAAGAACGAUAGCAUAGCCAUGCCAACCUGUAUAGCCUCGAGUGUGACAAAAUUCAGAGCAGAAGGGAUAGGAUCUGUGUGUGGAAGGUUAUAUUUUUGUACAGCUGAAAAGAUUCCACCAUCAGAACUUAUUGAUACAACUGGUGCUGGGGAUGCAUUUGUUGGAGCUGUUUUAUAUGCAAUCUGUGCCAACUUAUCACCAGAGAAAAUGUUGCCGUUUGCUUCUUAUGUGGCAGCUGCUAGUUGUAGAGCGCUUGGAGCUCGGAGUGGUCUUCCUUACCGCACUCAUCCAUACCUCGCAUCCUUUCUUAACUAGAGGCUCAAACCCCUCAUCAAAUUCAGCCCUAACAUGUUUGCAUUUUUGUGUUUUUAGUUGUAAGCUAAAUUUUAACUUUUUAGCGUAAUAAGAUAAUAUGUUACAACAUUAAAUUUCGGUUAAAAUGUUUAUUUAGAAAGUGAAUUCUUUCAUGUGUUUAAAUUUUGAGAAUAAAACAUUUUUUGUGUAAAUUUUAUA